AUGACCUGUCUCCAGUGCUGUCUGCCCAGUCUCCGUGAUGACGUGGAUGAUCUAGAGGACCUUGGUUUUCCUCCUCCCCCCUCACCGUUCUUCUCCGCCAUCUUGGCUGCGUUCCAGCCAACUGUUUGUGACGACGCAGAGGAGGCAUGGCGUUGCCAUAUCAACCAGCUGGUAACCGACUCAGACGGAUCCUGUGCCGUCUAUACAUUCCACGUCUUCUCAUCGCUCUUCCAGAACAUCCAGACUAAGUUCUGUUCCCUGACCAGUGACGCCGCUGGUUACCUAGGAGACGGCCUGAGGGGCAUCGGGUCAAAGUUUGUGAGGUCAUCUGACAUGUUGACAACGUGUUCCGACUGCCCCACGCUCUACGUAGACGCUGAUACGAUCAUUUCCUAUGGUUUACUAGAGAAGAUGAAGUUCAGUGUGUUGGAGCUGCAGGAGUAUCUGGACACCUACAACAACAGAGAAGAGGCCGCUGUCUCAUGGCUGAGGAACUGUAAGGACACGUUUCCCAGGUGCCCUGGCGAUGGCGUGAUUACCUGUCAGCCAGGAGACUCAGAGGAGAAGCAAAUGGAAUCUCUGGCACAACUGGAGCUGUGUCAGCGUCUCUACAAGCUUCACUUCCAGCUGCUCCUCCUCUUCCAGUCCUACUGCAAGCUGAUUGGACAGGUCCACGCUGUCAGCGCUGUGCCUGAGCUGCUAAACAUGUCUCGAGAGCUGAGUGACCUGAAGACCAGUCAAAGCCAGCAGAGGCAGCGGUGGCUAGCAACCUGGAACACACACACCUGGCCCACACCCAGACCCAGGCCUCUGCCGCCCUGCCCAGCUUCAGCUCCUCCGAGGCAGCUGUACAAGCCAUCCUGGAGUGCCUCAACAACCAGGAGUUCAGCAAGGCCAUACGCUACAUCCACGAGUGCAGGAGGCUGUGGCCUAACGGUGUGUUUGGCGGUGGGUCAGAGAGCGAGGUGCAGACCCUCCUCAAUGUCUACUUCCGACACCAGACCCUGGGCCAGACGGGGACCAUCGCACUGGUUGGGUCACGCCAGGACCUCAGCCUUAUCUGUUCCAAGCUGCUGGAGCUCAACGGGGAGAUCCGGGACAUGAUCCGCCGCGCUCAGGGCUACCGGGUAGUCAACACCUACCUCCCCGACUCCUCGGCCUCAGGGACAAGCCUCUGACAGCAGCACAGGAGCCCCCCUCGUACCUCUCCUCCACCCUUAUUAGCCUUGACCCGACAAACAUCAUCGUCCCUGUCACCCCUACCGCCCCUGAUCCCAUCGCAGAUGGUGCUGUUACCCCUGACCAUAACACCACUACCACCAUCUCAACUGUCCCAAACCCAGCCUCACUUCUGGCCUCUCCCUCCAGCUCAACCAUAGACUGGUCUCUGCCCUUACUCAUAGACUUCUACUGGCCUCCCCCAGACCUCUCCACACCCCACCGUGAGUGCACAAACAUACAUCAGGCCUCUCACACACACUCGUUACAGUGCAUCCCAAACCUCAGCCCUAACACACACACUCCACUCAAACCAGGUAACACAUUGCCCGACCUUACGCACACACACACACUCACACACACAUUUUCUGCUAUCCCACCUCGUGGACCACACCUCCAUCCAACCCCUCCUCCUGUCCUAGACACAUCUCCAACCCCCAUACUAACCCGUCUUAGUACACAGUCUGACACACACACAUUUCCUGCUAUCCCACCUUGUGGACCACACCUCCCGUACUCCCCGUACACACAUCCAGAACCAGUCUUAGACACACAAGGUCUGUGUCUCCUUCCUCCUCUUCCUCUUCCUCCCGACCCAGCCCAAGGUGCAGAGGCGGGGUGGGGGUGCUGCUGCGCCAUAGGAGGGGGUGGUACAUCCCUGUCCCGUUACCUGGGGAAGGUGGGUCACGCCGCCCGGCCCCUACUCAGAGUGGGGGGGCUCCUGAACCCUAAACAACCCUCUGGUGUUCACACCUGAGGGUCAAUAUACCUGAUAGACUCACCUGAUGAUGCUGGUCAUACCUGAGGAUUCUGACCACACCUGAUGCUGACCACACCUGAUGAUGCUGACCACAACUGAUGAUGCUGACCAUACCUGAAGAUGCUGACCACACCUGAUGCUGAUCGUACCUGAUGAUGCUGACCAUACCUGAAGAUCUCAACCACUCCUGAUGAUGCUGGCAACACCUGUGGAUUAAAAGUCCCCGAGAGACCAAAGGACAUACCUGAAACACCUGAUGAACCUGAGGAUUUACCUGACCUGAUAUCAGACUCAACCUGUGAAUGAAAAUACCUGAUCUCAGUGAAACCUUAGGAUGAAGUAUCUACCUGUUACCACCAGGUAACCUGGGGGUCCACUACCUGACGCCUCACCUGUGGGUGAAUGUCCCAGAGUCACAGCUUCUAUUGCACUAACAUGGACUUCUGAGAGGAGAGGAGGAGCCGUUACUACUGAGAGAGACAUUCAAUCAUGCUGUUUAUCUGUGAGAGAGAGAUAGAGGCCAAGGACAUCUCUCACCACGUGUGUAUCUACUGUUUAAAGAGUUUCUUCAGGGGAAAAUGUGCACUGCUUGACCUAGAGGAAUGCUGUGUUCUAGAAUCCACAGCUCCGUUCCAGAAUCCCUGGCCUCUACUUACAAUUGGUUACCUGGACGAUGUUAAGUUCUAGAACUGACAGAAGGGGGCAUUCACGAUAAAGACUGUUAGGAUCCGUCUGCAUCGCUGCAUUGUGUGAAGAGACAGGACACAGACUAGUAUUCAUGUUUAAUCUUGCCUGGUUUUGAACCUGAACGCUUCUUGUGUAUUAGUGAACCAGCUCCUCAAGACUACUGUAGUGAAUCAGAGCCUCCCUUAGACUCUUAUAUUGAUUAGUAUGUACACACUGGCCAUACGUUGUAGCAUAUUAAUUGUGGGUCUACGUAUACACACACCAUUUGUUACCGUGACCAUCCUAUAUUGUGAUGUGCGUGUACCUGCGUUGACAUGGGGGGAAAGUACAGUUGUACACACACAAAAUGUUGAAAUACUCCCAUAGUCCACUGUUAACAUGGACGUGUGCUGACAUUCACUGGUUUAAUGUCCUUAACUAAACAUGAGCUGCUGGGCCCUGUUCUAAUAUUAUAAGUCCUUAACUUCCAUCCUACCUUGAAGGAAUCACUGACCAGGGUGGGUAAGGUUCAAAUAGUCUGAUCAGUGGCCAAGGAAGGAUGCACAUUUUUAAAGUAUUGGAACAGGGCCAUGGACACUUCCUGUGGUUGUCCCGCUCUUGUGAUUAGACUUUCCUUUCUACACGAGUUCAGUCAGUCUUUAGUCUUAUUUAUACCCGAUUAAGAUCUAUCCUACUCCUGACCAGCUUUAUAGGUUUUCCCCACGUUCCUUCAAUUCAAACUGAUUAACUGCCAUGCAUGUGUGUAUUAGAAAUGUAUUCACAAGAUUCAUAUUUUAUCUGAAAGAUGCAUUUGUAUGAGGUGCAAAGGUUUGUGUGCGAGAGAAAGUGUGCAUCCAAAAAAGAAACUGCACAUUUUUAAAGCGUUGUAGAGGAAGACAGUUUUCACUUUGUAAAUAGUUUUACAGCUUUGUGAAGUCGUUGAGUUGAUGCCAUGUCUCAAAAUAAAAGACGUCAAAAAUA